UUCUCUCUCCUAUUGUGUUCCCUAGCUGCUUUCUUCACUAAUUUCUUUUUUCAAAAAAGAAUGGGAUCUAAAGUAAGUGAGGGUGCACUCGUUCAUGCCUUUCUUGUCUCGUUUCCAGGCCAAGGACAUGUUAAACCUCUAAUUAGACUUGCUAAACGCCUCGCUUCGAAAGGCCUUCUUGUCACUUUUUCAGCACCAGAAAGUUUUGGUGCCGAAAUGAAAGGAGCCAACCCAAAAAUCAGCUGUGAACCCACUCCUUAUGGUAGUGGGAUGAUGAGAUUUGAUUUCUUCGAAGACGAAUGGGAUCACUCGAAGCCCGAUGGUAACGAUUUAGAGUUGUACUUGCAACAUCUUGAGCUUAUGGGCAAGAAAAUUUUACCUAAAAUGAUCAAGAAAUAUGCGGAACAGGGCAGCCCUGUUUCGUGUUUGAUUAAUAAUCCUUUUAUUCCUUGGGUUUGUGAUGUUGCUGAGAGCCUUGGGAUCCCUAGUGCUAUGCUUUGGGUACAAUCUGCUGCCAGCUUUUCAGCUUAUUAUCAUCAUAGUCAUAGCUUAGUUCCAUUUCCUAGUGAAUCGCAACCUGAAAUUGAUGUUCAAGUACCUUGUAUGCCUUUGUUGAAGUACGAUGAAGUUCCUAGUUUCUUGCACCCUUCAAGUCCAUAUACUUUCUUGAAAACAGCCAUUUUAGGCCAAUUCAAGAAUAUAUCCAAACUUACCUUUAUACUUAUGGAAACUUUCCAAGAACUUGAACAAGAUGUUGUCAAUUACCUCUCCAAAAAAUUUCCCAUCAAAACCGUUGGUCCUCUGUUCAAAUAUCCAAAAGAACUAGGUCCUACAUCUAGUGAUGUCCAAGGUGAUUUUAUGAAGGUAGAAAAUUGCAUAGAUUGGCUUGAUGCAAAAUCACCAUCCUCUGUAGUGUACAUUUCCUUUGGUAGUGUGGUCAUAUUAAAAAAAGAACAAGCGGAGGAAAUAGCAUAUGGAUUGUUGAAUUCAGGUGUGAACUUUUUGUGGGUCAUUAGGCCACCUACCAAACUCCAAAAUUUUGAUUCAUUAUUAUUACCUAGUGAAUUUCUAGAAAAAGCAGGAGAUAGAGCGAAAAUAGUGCAAUGGUGUCCACAAGAACAAGUUUUGUCCCAUCCGUCAGUGGCUUGUUUUGUGACCCACUGUGGUUGGAAUUCAACUCUAGAAGCACUUUCUAGUGGCAUGCCUGUUUUGGCUUUUCCUCAAUGGGGUGAUCAAGUCACCGAUGCGAAGUACAUAGUCGAUGUUUUUAAAAUUGGACUUGGACUAUGUAGAGGUGAGUCUGAAAAUAGGAUUAUUCCGAGAGAAGAAGUGGAGAAACGUGUAAGGGAGGCUAUGAAUGGGCCAAAGACGGCAGAGUUAAAAGAGAACGCGUUGAAAUGGAAGAAGAAGGCGGAGGAAGCGGUGGCUGCGGGUGGCUCCUCCGAGAGGAACUUGCAAACUUUUGUGGACUAUGUUAGAAGUGUGUGAUCGCAGCACAAAACGUACGCUGAAGAAUCCAUACACAUGGUGUAUAAUUAAUUUGUCUUUAUGAUAAUUGCAUAUUACUAUAUUCUUGUCUAUUAUUCCAUAAAUAAUAAGAGAUCUCACUUCUUUCGCCGUAUUGUAAUGGUUCAAUUUUUCAUCCCGUAAAUCCUGUAUCGUUAUCUCAAUUUCAAAAACUAAAUAAAAUUUGAAAUUAUCAGA